UGGUUUACAUCAGUCGACGGAGAGCGGAGAUCGAACGAGGUAGUGCGCGCGCGUCUCUUCGGUGAGACCGUUUCAUGUGUUUUUACUUCAUCCAUCCAUCCAUCCAUACCUUUGGCGGUAGUUGGUGCAUGCGUGUCCGACCGAAUUCCGGUGGUGGCGAAGAACCCGUUUGGAGGUUUGUGAAUAGCUGCUGCUGCUGCUAUUGCUGAUGGUGGCCAAUGCGCCCGGUUGUUCGCGUGUGAGAGUGUAUUGGUUGGAACGGUGUUUGGAUUUUUAAUAGUUGGGGCUCCAACCUAUUUAUUUGCGCAUCGAUCGCGUGGAGGUUUGAGGAGUGGUGGACGGUGUGGAGAAAUCGGAAGUCAAUAGACUCCGCGGGUAUUUACGGUUCCCGCUACGAUCGCGGAGAAGAUGACGAUGAUGGGGUGACCUACGAAGACGGGAGCGUUGUUUGGAUUGAGUCGUGUUGUUUUGGUUAGCAAUUAGUGUGAUCGAUGGAAAAAAGGUGAAGAGUGCUGUAUUGUUCAGUAAAAGCCAGCCAGCAGCGUGAUCGUGCAAGAACAAAGAAGAGAGCCGCGUUGAUCGCUUGCGACCGUGGCUUGUGUAGUGUGCAUCGCAGUUGCAUGGUGUCAAUGAAACGACUGAAGAAAGUAAUCGAGGAAGUGCGUGAUUUACGGCUACAGCGCUAGCCAGAUUGUGUUUUCGAGCGUGGUUCGCUCUCCGCUUUCUCCGUUGAUCAUGUCCUCGGGGAAACGAUCGAGCUCGGAAUUGACGGCUUCCGCUCCGGUGGAAGAGGAACGUCCGCAUAGUUUCUACGACAACAUCACCGCCGGAUCAUCCUCCGGCACAAAGCCCAUCCAGAUACCGGAUAUUCAGUUCAAGUUCGAUGACGAGAUCCCCAUUACGACCGAUCCGCGACGAUCGGCACUGCUGAUGAGUAAUGCCAAGUCGGACUUUUUCGGGCUUCCCCAGAUCCCGCCAGCGGUCGAGGAAGCCACCGCUGACGCAUCGAAAGAAGAUCAAACCGAUGAGACUCAGCGGUUGAUCGCCGACCACGAUCGAAGUACACCGCCUGCUACGAUCAUACCUCAGCUGCCGUCUUCCCCUGCGUCCACCGCCAGCACGGCUCCGGCGCGAUCAACAGACUCCCCGGGCCCCUCGGAGUCACCCAAAUCCCGUCCAGUUUCGAGCCAUCGGAACAUCACCAUCAAACUGCCGGAUGCCGGAACACCCUCCGAGGCCGUCUACAUGACCACCACCGUGCCGCAGAACUUCUCCAAAAACGCCAGCACCCUGAUAGGGCGGCACAAACCCACCCGCAGCAGUUUGCGGCACAGCCGGAUGCUGGUCGUGAACAAAGCCGUCCCGCAGCGUUACCCGAAAGGUAACUCGCUCAACCUCAAGCACAUCCGCCUUAGCCGGCUGCUGAUGGUGCUGGAGAUCGUCGUCGGCACGAUACUUACCCUGGUGGGGAUGACCAUCAUCGUGUGGUCACCGAACACCCAAACCAAGGACAAUCCCUACUGGGCGGGGAUGAUUCUAACCUUGUGCGGUUCCUUGUUCCUGAUACUGUUCGAUUUCAAGCGGCGGCCGUCGAAUCGGUUGCGGGAGAACUUUUUCAACUUUAUUCGGGUGAACGCGAUGGUCAUCCUGCUGUUGACGAUCUUCUUUACCAUGUUGGCGUUCAUCUACGCGAUGAUUCACACGACUAAUCUGAGUUCGGAGCAUCUGCGAUGCGCACCGGAAUACCGGUUCAACGUGAACUCAUCGAGCUGUGUGUGCUUGAUCGAUACCCGGGGGGUAUCGAUGAAGGAACAGGAGGAUGUGGCUGCCAGUGAGCUGAGAGGUGGGGAAGAGAUGGAUGAGGACGACGAGAGGAGGAACGGAACGGCGGCGGCCGGGAUCAGUCGGGCCCUGGUGAGUGGGUUCGAUUUGAGGCGAGCUGGAGAGAUGCUGGAGCAGGAAGGCGUCAUUUGGUUGGAGUACCGUGACUUCAACUGCAGCGAGGUGCUCAGCGUGUGGUACUACAUCGCGCUUUCGUUCGCGAUCCUCAGCAGCCUGGGUUGCCUGUUGGCGUCCAGCUUUCUGGUGAUCUACGGCAUCGAGUGCCAACGGCGACACGAGCAGGAACAGAAAUACUUCACCGUUCGGACCAACGGGGAUGCUCCGACGUCUUCCAGUAGGGUGGACCAGAGGAGUAGCGAGGAGAGGGAGGCAGUAACGACAACCACGACAACGGGAACGGCAGUUCAGGACUCCGGUGGUGGGUCGACUGUGACCAACGGAGGAAACAUGACUAGCGUAAGGGAAGAGGUGGAUGCCGAGACUACGACGGCAUGAUGAGGGGGAGGGGUGGUGACUGUUCGAAGGUAUUUGCAUUAAAGUAUUACCGAAAGGAAAUGGAUUCCUUUUUAAGUGGAUUAAAGAUUGAGAAGUUUCAAAAAUAUUCGACCCUUUGAAGAAGGUCUUAAGAUUUAUU